AUGCCUCCCACCCCCUCACUGGACGCGCACGUCAUUGAUGGCCAGUUGUGUAAACAAACGGCCAUUGAUUGCAUUGUUGACUCCAUAAGCUUCGGCACGAGGACAAACCCUGGUGAGCAGCUGACGAGGUUCUCCGGCAUGACAUCAGUGGCGGACCACAUGUUCGCCAACCGAUCCUCGUAUCUGAAGACAAUUGAUUUAAGCAAUAAUCGCAUCACUGGUAUCGAGAAGAACGCGUUCGACAACUUGACUCAACUGGAAGUGUUGAGGCUCUCGAAGAAUCGCAUCGCUUCCAUACCCAAAGAGCUGUUCCGCAAACUCACGGCUCUUAAAGAGUUAGAUUUGAGUCGAAACCGAUUGGAGUCGUUGGAGGCGCUGGUGUUCCACGGCUUGGAAUCGCUGGAGAUUCUGAAGCUCCGGAAGAAUGAGUUGACAAACCUGUUCGACGGCUGCUUCUGGGGUCUCAACCGAAUCCAAUCUCUGCAUUUGGAUCACAACAACCUGACGGCCAUCAGGAAGGGCUGGUUAUACGGGUUGUCAUCACUGAACCAACUGAUCCUCAGUCACAACGACAUCCAAGACAUCGACGGCGACGGCUGGGAGUUCUCGAGCAGACUCUGGGAAUUGGAUUUGUCUUACAAUCGGAUCCAUUCCAUCACUAAAGACACGUUGAGUCGAUUGCAUUCAUUACAGUACUUAACACUCCAUCACAACAGCAUUGCAUUCAUCGACGACUCGGCCUUUCGUUUGUUAACGGCUUUAGAAGUAUUAGAUGUGAAUCACAACCAGAUUUCGUGGACUAUAGAGGACUCGAGCGGUUCGUUCGAUGGCUUACAGCGGCUCAAGACGUUGGGUCUGGCCUUCAAUCACAUCAAAGCCAUACCUAAGCGCGCGUUCACU